GUUCUACUUGGUGCUCUGCUAUGUGGGCAGCGGAGGGCACUCAGAGCUGCUGCGGCCCUGGAUAGGUUGGUCCUCCUUUGAGCCAUUUAUGCACUUGGACACCCCCCCUCCCGGACAGAGACCCGUAUGGACCUCUGAGGUCAAUACCUAUUUUCCACACAGCCCUUUUCAUGAGGCACAAAAAACAGGAUAAAGUAGAUAAAAUCACCAAACACACAACUAGCAAAAUAUGUAGAUUGGCCUUGUCCAACUUAGUGUUCGAAAAAUGUUGGACUACAACCCUCUAAUCUCCCAGCCAGAGUAGGUACAAUGGAUGGUGGUUGGCCUCAGGUUGGAUGUAUAACUCAGCGAAGGUCAAAGUGUGCUUUGCCAAAAGAGUGAUAUUCUUUGGCAAAUUAGAUCUCUGAGAGAAUCCUGCUUUCGAAAUGUUCUUUGGCCUGGGGAGGCUACUGGUGAGUACCAAGGAAGGAGGAAAAUCAUAGCGAAGUCCCCCUCCUCAUCUCUGGCUGCUUCCAAGCAUCUGAUUCCCUGACAUUUCUGCUGCUAGUGUUGAUGGAAGCAGGAGGAACAAGGGUGGAAAGUUGGAUCAGAUCAGCCACGGUGUAGCUUUUGACGAUGCGUUAAGUGUUGUCGAUGUGUCCUAGCGCAGUCAGGAGAUGCAGCUGGUCCAAACCAGCAUGCCGCAGCCAAGCGCUGAACUGUGUAACGGUACUUGCAAGACUUAGUAUCUAGUUUUCUGUAUCAUCCAGGACUUGCUUUGAUCUUCAACCUGUUUUGUAUCAAACAGAAUUACAGUAGAUGGCCCUCCUUCUUCUGCCCCUUAGAAGGCCAAGGCUGGCCAAGUGCCGUCCUGUGUGUGAUCUUGCAGAAGACCACACUUGGCUGCAUGUCCAGAAAUGGCUCCUUUCUUGUCUUCCUUUCUUGCAGAAGAGUCUCCUUCUACUGCCUCUACCACACCUGAUUCUACGGAUGGGGCCAACGAGGAGUCUGACUUCCCUGAACUGCAGACAGCGCGGGAGUUUUCGGAGGAGGAGGAAGAGGGCUCCGUGGAAUGGGGGACCCCACGGGAGCUGACCUUUUCCUAUAUCACCAUUGCUACCCCCUCCGGCAGCAGCCCCAAUUUAGCAGAUCAGGGCCAUCGGGGCAGACGUGACUCCCAGACCCGCCGGACCCGGGCUUCACUGCCCCGCACGGAGACGUGUGAAACUUUUGUGCCCACGCUGGGGGACAGUUUGGAGAACAUUCCCAGCCUCUGCCCGUCUCCAGAAGGAGAGGUGGCCUCGUCUUCAGGCAGUGGCCACGAACUAGAUGCCUUUCUGUUGGACUGGGAUGCCCACGUGGGCUGUGGCAGAGAACUGGAUGCAGCCAAAGGUGAGGAACAUGCAACUCGGUGUCCUGUGCCCCCAUCGCUGGCAGCGGAGGCGGAAGGAGGUAGCAGCACGGCUUGCUCAGGAACAGAUAAUGCCAGAGAGGACCUCUCUCUGCCUGCUGCCUUAGUGUCCCAAUCUGAAGCAGGCACCUCCUGCGGUGCUGACACUCCCCAAGACCGAGCACUGACCUCAGCAGAGUUCUGCCAACCACCCCCACCUGAGGAAGAGGAACAGGAAGAGGGACCAGGCCAGGAACCCCAUUCUGAGCAGCUUCACGUUGAACCAGACCAGUCUGAGCACAUUCUGGAGAGGAACGGCAUAGGCACCCCCUCCAGCCCAGGACUGGUGCUCAGAGAGGUCUCCGCAGAGCGGCAAGGAGCCUCGGAGCUGCAAGAAAAGGGGAUCACCAUGGCGAGCACAGUGGCCGACCUGGUGUAUUGGCGGGACACCCGCAGAUCCGCGUUGGUUUUCACAGCCCUGAUGGUGGCCCUGCUGUGUUUGCUCCACUUCAGCAUCGUCAGCGUGGCCUCCUACCUCUCCUUGGCCGCCCUCAGCAUCACCAUCGCUCUCAGAGGCUACAGCAAAGCGCUCCAGCUCAUUCGCCGGGGAGAUGGCCACCAUCCCUUCCAGGCCCAGCUGGAUGCUGACUUUGGGCUGUCAAAAGAACAGCUGGAGCGACUGACCGAGCGGGUCGUGCAUCAUGUCACUUCGGGCACAAAGACCCUGCAGCGCCUUUUCCUGGUGGAUGACAUGGUGGAAUCUCUCAAGUUUGCUUUCUUGUUCUACGUCCUCACCUACGUGGGAGCUGUUUUCAACGGGCUGACGUUGCUUAUACUUGGUGUAAUAAGUGCAUUUACCUUCCCUCUGCUGUACAGGCAGCAUCAGGCACAGAUUGACCAGUAUGUAGGGCUGGUGAGGAAUCAGUUGAGUAACCUCAGAGCAAAGAUGCUGGCCAAACUGCCAACGGCAAAAGCAAAAGCAGAAUGAGGGACAUUGCUUCUCUUCCCUGCGCACACAGAUGCCAACGCACACACCUGCUUUGUCCCUUUUCUUCCCCAGCCAUUGCAAUAGUGACCCUUCCUAUCCAAAUGUACCACCCCUCCCAUUCUCCUUGGCCUGGAUGGGGUAGGCAGCUGCUGCCUUUCAUACAGCUCCCCUCUGCCCUGGGGCGUCUGAGAAAUUGGAGAACCCUUGUGGGGGGGGCGGGGGGCAAAAGGGACACGGUCCCUUGGCAUCUCAGCCCUGCGGUCUGCACAGGCCGCUUGGUGUGGGAUGAUGGUGGCUGAGCGACGCGUCUCUGGAGCUGCUUCUGACCCUCCUUGCAGCAAGUGGCUGGGGGGGUGGUCUUGAGAGAGCUCCUGCCCCAGGCCCACAUCCAAGGACUUGUCAACCAAAAGCCUAGGGGCUGGUAGCCCAUGGUCCCUCCGUGUCCCGGCAAGCUCCUGCCUGCCUGCCUGCCUGCCUGCCUGCCGUGUUCGUCCCGGGUUCUGAGCUGACACUGGCCAACCUGGAGCAACCUGCUUUCCUCCUGAGGGGGAGCCCCUCGAGGUGGGACAGGACCACCUCAUCCCCUCUGCCCCCUUUCUGUGGGAUGUUGUAGCUGUCACUCCCUGCCCCUAAUCAUGUGCCUGGCUGCGGCUUGGCUAAUCAGGUGGUGGGUUUCGUGCAGCCAGUUCUUUAACUUUGCCUGAAUAUUUACACUUUAAUAAAAACAGUUGUGGGAAAAAAAAAUAUGCAUGA